GAAAAUGGAGUUAAUUAUGUUUGGGGAGACAAAAAUCAGAGCGUUUAACAAGAGAAUAUAACAGAAUUCAGAAAAAGGGUUGAAAAUGGCAAGGCAGCUACUUUGUUUUAAUAGAAAUAUAAUAAAGGUAUUCUAUCAAAAGUUUGGACUAGACUUCAAAUUACUUCAAAUUUCCAGCUGCCACACUUGAAAGAAAAAGGAAGGGAAAGAAGAAGAAAAAAAGUAGAAAAAAAAUUUUAAAAACUCUAAAGUAUUCUUCUAGAACUCAAGAAACAAGCUAACAGGUUUGUAACAUUUCACUGAAACCAGAAGCAAAAUCACAAUGGGCUGAAGCCUCAAUCAGACCCCUAGAACAUCUGCAAUUUUGUUUAAAUGACUAAGGUGAAAUACAUUAGCUUACGGAAAAUGGGGAGGGCUUCCAGCAGCUGGCCAGUAUUCUAAGUAAUGGAUGUUGAUGAGCAAUUCCCUUAAACAAGUGAUUUACUGCCAACAGAGCAAAACACUGGAAGUACAUCCAAAAACUCAUUGGCAAUUAAGAUUACAAGGGUGGCCAUUCUGUCCACUUCCCCCCUCCCUUACCAGAGAGGUGACCCUAUUUCUGCCAACCGCUUCUACACAAAGGCCACCUAAGAACCUUUCCUUCCCCUAACUCCCUUUCCUUUCCCUCAAAAGUCACUAUAAAAACGGCCUUACUCUUCCAAUUGCUUCUUCUCUCCCUCCCUUUCUUCCUUUCUUCUUUCCCGUCUUCCUUCCCUCCCUGCUUUUCUUUCUUCCUAAAAUCGUUGCUUUUUAAAAAAAUACACCCCUACUACACUAGAAAUCUGUCGCAAGCGAGACAAAGUCAGGCACAGGCGGCGGGUCCGUGCAUUUGCCAGCAGCAUCUGGCAUCUGCGACUCAUUGCUACUUUCCACCUCCCGGAGGUGAGAGAGGCGGGAGGCAAAGGACAUGCUGAGCUGGUGUGACCCAGUUCUUAGGAAACUUUCGGCCAGUCGCAACUCUUCCCCCACCCGAAACUUCAAUCAUCCUUCAAGCCAGAAAAUUACAGAGACUUCAGCCUAGCCUUUGGAGCUGGACCAGAAGCGAAGCAGGAAAGCUACAAGAAGAGGUUUACCCCUUUGCUUCUCCUACAGUCCAACCGCGGCGGGCGCACAGCGGCGGCGCGGCCGGAAGGGGCCGCUGUUCACUCAGAGCAGCCGCCUUGCCGCCGCGGUCCGCACCUCCCACGGCCCCGCUGGCCCAGCCCCGCCAAGUUCCAACAGCCCCCAGUCGAGCCAUCUCCGGGAAGGAGCGUCUCCCGGGCAGGAUCGGACCGCUCAGACUAGCCAGGCUGCGGCGCGCGUCGCAAAGGCUCCGGGGGAACUCCCACGGCUCGGAGACUUUGGAAAGGAGAGGGCGAACAACCCCCGCGCCCGCAAGUCGGCAAGUGAGCGCUCAGCUCACCUGUUUCUUCCGCGCCACCGCCUUCCCACCCCUCGGACCCGCGCCUCCCCGGGCGCCCGCCCGCUCCCGCGAUGAAUCCAGCCCUGGGCAACCAGACUGAUGUGGCAGGUCUGUUCCUGGCCAACAGCAGCGAGGCGCUGGAGCGCGCGGUGCGCUGCUGCACCCAGGCGUCCGUGGUGACCGACGACGGCUUCGCGGAGGGCGGCCCGGACGAGCGCAGCCUGUACAUCAUGCGAGUGGUGCAGAUCGCCGUCAUGUGCGUGCUCUCGCUCACCGUGGUCUUUGGCAUCUUCUUCCUUGGCUGCAACCUCCUCAUCAAGUCCGAGGGCAUGAUCAACUUCCUGGUGAAGGACCGGAGACCGUCUAAGGAGGUGGAGGCAGUGGUCGUGGGGCCCUACUGACCGGUCCCCGACCCCCGCGGCAGCCGCCCCACUUCUCCAGCCCGGCCGCGCCCCCUCACCAUCCGAGACUAGGAGAAGAAAACCUGUCGGGAGUCAAUUAUUUCUGUUGACUUCUGCCUUUCGGAAUGAAGCAACACGUUUCUCGCUCGCCCUCCCAAAGUCCCCAGGCCUGGCUGGAGGAGAGAGCCCUGACUGGACUCAGCAGCAAGUGUCAAAAAGAAAGCGAUUAGGGCGCAGAACUUUGGAAGCUGCCGCUAGCGCGGGAUGCGGGGAGACCAACCCGGCCGAGGCCUCUUUCCACCCGCAGGUGGGCCAAGCUCUGGGGGCAGGUGGAGAGGGCGGGCAUGGAGACACCAGCGGCACCGAUUGCCUGGUGACCGGAAAACUGACCCAUAUACGCCACUCAACAGAACUAAUGCGGACACACAAAUCCGUGUCCGGGUUCGCGCCCAUUCCCUCGCGCUCCUCCCAGCCCUGGCAGGAGAGGCGAUAAAUACUUUUGAUUGAUUGUAACGUGCUGUUUUAAGGGAUUUUGUGUUUGUUUGCUUGAAUACAAAUAUUUGAUAAGUAUUUUUUUCUGCCCUAGUGGCCCGUUUGCCUGCCUGCGGGUUAGAGUUUUGUGUUGGGAGAAGGGGUGGGGGAGGGGUAGCCUGCGAAUGUGAACACGGUGAGUUGUUUCUUUUAUCACAUUUCCCACUAGGUCUUUUGCGGGGGCUGGCACUCCUGUUGGCCCCCAGGCAAAGACCCAGAAUAGAACUCAUAGCUCGUGACUGCACGGUUUACGCCACAAAAGUGCUCUUGACAUUCGUGACACCGUUUUGACUUUUUUUUUUUAACAUUUACCUAAUAAAUGCAACAUUUAAGUGUUU